GUUAAUUGUAACCGUGACACUUUCUGCCCUUUGACCCGCAACUACAUAGAACGCGUUCUACUCAGGCUGCCAAUAAUUCUAGAUUCUAGGAGUCAAACAUAUGCGUAUACCACUGGCAGGCUCACCCCCACCUCUAAACAAUUGAAUACCAUUUCUCCUCGCCAACUGACACCAAGCCGACGAUUGUCAAACUGUUGCCUGUGCUUAGUACAUUGUACAAACCGUUCAGGGGUCGUCCGUUUGGUAGUCGAUCUUCUGAUAUGUGUGCGGAAGUGCACGCUCAUAAUAUUUCAAGGUCACCUUUUAGUUUGGGAAGAUGCCGGAUGAGCUGUUCGUGGAAUGCUCUAUCCACCUCGAUGGUGUUCCCCUGAAAGAUGUGCGAUCAUUCAAGUGCGGACACGGCUUCUGUAGCACGUGUAUAGAAAACCUUUUUCAAGCUGGACCUCCGCCUUUCAAAUGUCCUACGUGUCGCAAACGUAUUCAGCGCAAGGAUGCGUUUCAAAUAUUUUUAAAUCCCCAUAGAUCGCUCACACAACAUAAUACACAAUCUCCUCGUAGAGAUUCGGAUGUCGAUAUUGAUAUCACGCUUUCCGACGACCCGGAUUCGACCACAGAGCGCCUCUCUAGCCCUCCCAAGAAAAUGCGUGAAUACACGGCAGAACUAAAACGCUUGAAGGAACAGUUACGACGGAAGUUGUUGAGCGCGAACAAGGAACGCGAUGAGUUGGAUGGUCGGCAUCAGGAGCUGCAAAGGGAGUACGCCCUUCUCCAGACGCAGCACGCAGACCUCAAAAGUACAUGCACGACUCACGAGAAUGAGCGCCGCAAAGUGGAGCGCUCAUUUGCUGUGCUACAAAAGAAGUACGAAGUCGCUGAGAGCACCGAGCAGACGUGGAGAGAUAAAUGCAAGACUGCCCAAAAAGAUGCGCGAGAUGCAAGAAAGGAGAAAGAAGAACUAGACAUAGGAAUGAAAGAGUUGGCGGAGAGGACAAGGGUGUUUGAGCAUCGUGCGCACAGAAACAAAGUGGCAUACGACAAAUACAAAGGAAAAUACGAGGCUCUAAAGGAAGAGAAUGCGCGCCUUCAAAAAAUCCGACAAAUCGAAGAGAUUCCAGAAGAACAAUCGCUCUUGGUUGUUGAUAGAAACGCCCCCGAUAGACUUGAGCGUGCAGCUGACCAGGACUGGUUGGACGAUGUGUGUGAGGUUCGGGGGGACAAUCUCGAUGAUAUUGAUAGCGAUUAUGGAAACGAGUCGAGCAAGGAGAAUGAAGAUGAAUGGCCUAGUAGUGGUGUCGCAUGGCUACAGGGCAGGCGAUCAACGGAGAGCAUGGACGACCGCGAACGACCGCUUCCGCAGGAUCGCCCGUACGAGGCGCGAUUACUCCCUCUGAUUAAUUACAGCUACGAUUGGAACCUCAAAAGCAACAACGUUGGGCAAAAAGUAGCCCAAACGAAUAAGCGGAAGAACCAAGAGGACGCCAUCAUGGGAGCACGACCGUCCAAGGUGGUGAAGGUCCCCUUGCAACCUACCAGAACGGCGAAGGGGAAGGGAAGGGCUAUCGAAGAAAGAGGUGAUGCGAGACUGCUGUCAUCCUCCAUGCAGAUGUCAGGUUCUCCGCUGAGAAGGGCCCCUGCAUCGUUGAAGGCUGACUUUCCAAUAAAGCUGGAUGCGAUGGGCCAUUUGAUGGGCACUGCGGUAUUGGGGUCAAGACGUAAAUUUGACAAGAAUUCAUGAGUUCAUCAAGGACGCUCGGACUGCGAUGUAGACGAACGUGUACUAUCAUCACUGUUGUUUUAAAUGUUUCAUAUCCUGCUUUGAGGUAGACUAUCAUAUAUUGCGAAUAGGUAGUACAACGACAUACACCAUCAGAUUACAAUUUCUCUGUUCUAAAAAUUAUCCUACAAAGAAUCUCACGCCUUCGCCAUCGGCAACCCCGAUGAUCUGUGCUCGAUUGGAACGUGAGAGAAUGGUGAUAGCCCGCCGU